CCGCGUGAAGUUGUCGCUGCCUUACAGAGGGGAGCUGAGGGAAAAGCUGGGGAGUGACGACUGCGGAGGCUGGGCGCGCGCUCUCUUUUACUUUUCUUCUUCUUUACCCUCGGUCGCAGUCGGAGUUUUGGCUCCUCUCCUUUCCUCCUCCCCCCGCCCCCCCGGAGCCGGCUUCUCCCCCCGCCCCGCUUCUCCCCCGCUUGUGUACGCUAUUUGUUGUGGGGUGGCCGAAGGGGAUGUCCUGUUUUCACCAGAGGCACAGCGCGAAGGGGAAACUUCGACACUGGAAGGAAGGAGAAUAAAUACUUAAUUACGGAAACACAGAGCCGCGGCUGGGACAGACACUUCGGGAAUCCGAGGCGGUCCAGGCUACGAGAUAAUCAUUUUUACUUGAAGGAAGCUGCUUCUACUUGGGAGUGGCAGGAGAGGUGAGAAAACCACAUGGAAGACCCCCAGGAUUUAAAUGAGCAAUCAGUAAAGAAAACGUGCACAGAGUCAGAUGUUUCAGAACCUCAGAAUUCCAGGUCUAUGGAAAUGCAGGACCUAGCAAGUCCUCACACUCUUGUUGGAGGUGGUGAUACUCCGGGUAGCUCCAAACUGGAAAAAUCUAAUCUCAGCAGCACCUCAGUCACUGCAAAUGGGACAGGAGGGGACAACAUGACUGUUUUAAACACAGCAGACUGGUUGCUGAGUUGCAACACCCCCUCUUCUGCAACAAUGUCUCUUCUUGCAGUCAAAACAGAGCCCUUGAACAGCAGUGAAACCACAACCACGACUGGAGAUGGAGCGCUUGACACUUUUACUGGGUCAGUAAUUACAAGUAGUGGCUACAGUCCCAGAUCAGCACAUCAGUAUUCCCCACAGCUGUAUCCUUCCAAGCCCUAUCCACACAUUCUUUCUACACCAGCAGCUCAAACAAUGUCUGCCUAUGCAGGCCAGACUCAGUAUUCGGGGAUGCAGCAGCCAGCCGUCUACACAGCCUACUCACAGACAGGACAGCCCUACAGCCUUCCCACUUACGAUUUGGGUGUGAUGUUACCAGCCAUCAAGACAGAGAGUGGACUUUCCCAGACCCAGUCUCCAUUACAGAGUGGCUGCCUCAGUUACAGCCCAGGGUUUUCUACCCCACAGCCAGGCCAGACACCUUAUUCUUACCAAAUGCCAGGUUCUAGUUUUGCACCAUCAUCUACUAUUUAUGCAAAUAAUUCAGUUUCCAAUUCAACGAAUUUCAGUGGUUCACAACAGGAUUAUCCAUCCUAUACAGCCUUUGGCCAAAACCAGUAUGCACAGUAUUAUUCAGCAUCAACGUAUGGAGCGUAUAUGACAUCAAAUAACACAGCCGAUGGCACACCCUCUUCAGCCUCUACUUAUCAGUUGCAGGAAUCUCUCCCAGGACUGACUAACCAACCAGGAGAGUUUGAUACCAUGCAAAGCCCCUCCACACCCAUCAAAGAUCUUGAUGAGAGAACAUGUAGGAGUUCUGGUUCAAAGUCCAGAGGAAGAGGCCGGAAAAAUAAUCCCUCCCCGCCUCCUGAUAGCGACCUGGAGCGUGUGUUUGUCUGGGAUUUGGAUGAAACCAUCAUUGUUUUUCACUCACUGCUCACAGGAUCUUAUGCACAGAAGUAUGGAAAGGAUCCCCCCAUGGCUGUAACCCUUGGACUCCGCAUGGAAGAAAUGAUUUUUAAUCUUGCUGAUACUCAUUUGUUUUUUAAUGAUUUAGAGGAGUGUGAUCAAGUUCAUAUAGAUGAUGUUUCCUCUGAUGAUAAUGGGCAGGACUUAAGUACCUACAGUUUUGCAACUGAUGGCUUCCAUGCAGCUGCAAGUAGUGCAAACCUUUGUUUGCCAACAGGUGUGAGAGGAGGGGUUGACUGGAUGAGGAAGUUGGCUUUUCGUUACAGAAGAGUAAAAGAAUUAUAUAACACCUACAAGAACAAUGUUGGAGGACUCCUUGGCCCUGCCAAGAGGGAUGCCUGGCUACAGUUAAGGGCAGAAAUUGAAGGUCUGACAGAUUCCUGGCUAACAAAUGCACUUAAGUCUUUAUCAAUUAUUAGCACUAGGAGUAACUGCGUAAAUGUCUUGGUAACGACAACACAACUGAUCCCAGCACUUGCGAAGGUUCUACUCUAUAGUUUAGGAGGUGCUUUCCCCAUUGAGAAUAUUUACAGUGCAACUAAAAUAGGAAAAGAAAGUUGCUUUGAACGAAUAAUGCAAAGGUUUGGCAGAAAAGUAGUGUAUGUUGUAAUUGGGGAUGGUGUAGAAGAAGAACAGGCAGCAAAAAAGCACAACAUGCCCUUCUGGAGGAUAUCCAGUCACUCAGACCUCCUGGCUCUCCACCAAGCACUGGAAUUAGAGUAUUUGUAACUGUGUUCUGUAGCCAGAGAUCCGUUUUUUAUAUUUCAAGUACACUGAAUUUUUAUGUGUGAUUCAAUGCCUCUGGCGCUACACAUAUAAGUUGUCUUAAUGGAUGAAAUCAUAUUUGGAAUAAGAAUUCCAGAAUGAAGAAUUCAGAUUGCUGAAUGGAGUUAAACUUUAGUGCUACAGAAAAGACACUCUAUGGUCUUAUAUUUACAACACUUUAAUGGGUUCUUUAAAAAAUCUGUGGAGGUUGCUGGUACACACCGAAUGAGUCCGAACUGGAACGAGCAGCUUUAUCAAAGAACUCUCACUCUGGCAAAGCAGCAACACACGUGCCCCGUCUGACAAGGUGGUCAACGACAUUCCUCAAAAUGAGAGAUUUUCUCAGCCCUGAGGUUUGAAUCUGACUUUAGCCUACCUAGCCCAGAAAAUCUGAAUUGGAAUGCACUCAGACUGUAGAAGGACAGUCCUAUCUAGACCUGUAAUUUGUGUAAAUUGUUGAUGAAAAUAAUUUACUGUGACUUUAUUAGCAGCUGACUUUCAAAGUGGAUGCAAUUUUUCUUUCAUUUGUCGGGGAGGGGAGUGGGAGGGGAAAUGGGAAUAUAAUAUUGUCUCUUUUUUAAGUUUGGCAAACAGAAUGUUCAUACUGAUGUGUUGUGCCUUACAGACAAGACAGCAUUUGUGUGUUACAAUGUAACUUUGGUUAAAAUCUCUGUAGAUAAUGAAAAACAAAAACCUUUGUGAUGAUUCUUAACAUGACCAAAUUUAAAAGUCAAGCUCUCAAAGCUUAAUUACCGCAUCAGCAAGAAACUGAGUAUUUGUUGCAAUAAGAAAACAACAACAAUAAAGGAAAGCUUGUGUUUUA